AUGGAAGGUGACGGCGAGACCUCGGCGGCGGAGGCGGCGCUCGGACUGAGCCCUCAGACCUUCAUCAACGAGGUCCUCAACUUCGUCGACGACGUCUGCUUCCAGGCCUUCGACUACUGCCUCCAGUUACGCGUCGGAUCCCUCUCCGUAGCUUCCCCCCCUUUGCCGCCUACCGGUUUUGCUAACUUUGCCCUUUCGCUGUCAUUCUACAGGGAAGGCGCCCCCACGGCGGUCGGCGCCGCCACGGCGACCAAUAAGGCCGAGGAGCUGAAACGGGGAGUAAAUGAAAUUCACCACUUGGUAAAGGAUGUAUUGGACAAGAGAAUGAACAAUUGGGAGAUGUAUUGCCUUCGGAAAUGUUUAACUGUACCUGAAGGGUUUGUGGCACCUGAAGAUGAUAAUUCUUCUGCAAUGGUGUUGCAUAAAGAUGGGAAUUCUGAUUCGGAACUGGAUGCAGAACUUAAUUCUUUGAGAAAAAAACUGGCAGAUGCUAACAAGGAAUCUGAAGAACUUCAAAGAGAAAUUUCUUCCUUGGAAAGGCAAACUACAUACAAGAGUAACCUUAAUUCCUCUAUCGCUGAAGUACUGAAGUUGUUUGAAGACAAAUCUGUUCAGGAGAAUAUACAAGCUAUUGCGAACACAAUACCAAAAUUGCACCAGAAAAUGAAGGUUAUGAAAAGGAAAAAGGUUGAGCUUGAGGCCAUGGUGGGCCAAAAUGUUUGGAACGUCAAUUGUCUUAGAGACCAGAAGCGUUUAGCACCGGGUUCCGCUCCUAGCACUGAGGACAUGCAAGAGGUGAAUGCGGCUGUGAAUGACUCGCGGAAGGAGUAA